GUCGUGCUGGAUAGAGCCGUCACCCAACUACCUUCCACCAAGCCUUUUUGACUUCCUGAUGUAAAUGGACACUAGCACUCAUCGAUUAGCCCUUGUCUUGCGUUCGUUGCAGCCAGUGCAGUGCAGGACGAACUCGACAUGGGCACUCUCCCCUACCUCUUACUUGUCGUGCUGUCCUCUCUGUCGCUCGUCCCCCGCGCCGCCGCGUACUCGGAGUACUCGUGCAACGGUACCACGGGCAACUUCACGGCGGCCAGCGCGUUCGGCGCCAACCUGGCCCGCCUCGUCGCGGCGCUGCCCGCCAACGCCUCCUCCUCUCCGUCGCUCUUCGCCUCGGCGGCCGUCGGCGCGGCUCCGGACACGGCCUACGGCCUCGCGCUGUGCCGCGGCGACGUCACGGACGCCGGGGUCUGCUCGGCGUGCCUAGCCGACGCGUUCGGCAGGCUGCGGCGGCUCUGCGGCGCGGACAGGGACGCCACGUUCUACGCCGACCUGUGCACGGCGCGGUACUCCGGCGGGGACUUCCUGGCGCGGCCCGACGACAACUCCCCCGUGAUCAACGCGCUGGACGUGAACGGGUCGACGUACUACGGGUGGGACGCCCGGAACGCGACGAGCCGGACCCUGUUCCUGUCGCUGGUGGGCACGCUGUUCGGGGAGAUGGCCAUGUACGCCGCCUACAACUCCUCGGCCGCGCGCAUGUUCGCGAGCGCCGCCAUGUACGUCAACCCGCAGCUGCCCACGGUGUACGGGUUCGUGCAGUGCACGCCGGACCUGUCGCGGGCGCAGUGCUGGGACUGCUUCCAGGUGCUCCAGGACCAGAACCGGCGGUGGUACGACGGCCGCGAGGGCGGCCGCAUCCUCGGCGUCCGCUGCAGCUUCCGGUACGAGGCGUACCAUUUCUUCGGCGGCAUGCCGGAGGUCAGAAUCGGCCUCAAGGGCGACCCAUCUUCACCAGCUGCGGAAACGGAAAUCCAUGGUAGCAAUCACAGGGUGGUCUUAAUUGUCGCUGUCAUCGUAUCAAUCACGGCGUUCUCCGCUAUGAUGGCUGCCGGCCUUGUGAUAAUCAGAGCACGACGACGAAAAGGAGCCGAGAAGAAGAGAAAGCUGCAGCUGGAGGCGCAAUCCCGGAACAGCUCUACCACAGAGGAUGCGCUGAAGCUGUGGCGGAUCGAGGAGAGCAGCUCGGAGUUCACGCUGUACGACUUCGCCGAGCUGGCGGCCGCCACGGGCGGUUUCUCCGACGAGAAUCUGCUCGGCAGAGGCGGCUUCGGCCCCGUCUACAAGGGGAAGCUGCCGGACGGCGCCGAGAUCGCGGUGAAGCGGCUGGCGGCGCAUUCUGGACAGGGCCUGGAGGAGUUCAAGAACGAGAUCCAGCUGAUCGCCAAGCUGCAGCACACCAACCUGGUGCGGCUCGUCGGCUGCUGCGUCCAGGAGGAGGAGAAGCUGCUGGUGUACGAGUACAUGCCCAACCGCAGCCUCAACUGCUUCAUCUUCGACCAGCAGCGGGGGCCGUUGCUGGACUGGGAGAAACGGCGCCGUAUCAUCGAGGGCGUCGCGCAGGGGCUGCUCUACCUGCACAAGCACUCGCGGGUGCGCAUCAUCCACCGCGACCUCAAGGCUAGCAACAUCCUGCUGGACAAGGACCUCAACCCCAAGAUCUCCGACUUCGGCAUGGCCAGGAUCUUUGGAUCCAACAUGACGGAGGCCAACACCAACAGGGUCGUCGGGACAUAUGGCUACAUGGCUCCUGAGUAUGCUUCGGAGGGCAUCUUCUCGGUGAAGUCGGACGUGUACAGCUUCGGCGUGCUGCUGCUAGAGAUCGUCAGCGGCAAGAGGAACACUGGCCACCACAACUACGGCGACUUCGUCAACCUGCUCGGAUAUGCAUGGCAGCUGUGGAGAGACGGGAGGGUGUUCGAGCUGAUUGACCCGACGCUGGGCGAGCGCGGCGACGUGGCGACCAUCGUGCGGUGCGUCAAGGUGGCGCUGCUGUGCGUGCAGGAAAGCGCCACCGACCGGCCGACCAUGGCGGACGUCACGGCGAUGCUGGCCACCGCCGGCGACGCCGCGUCCGCCGGGCCGCUCCCGGACCCGAAGCGGCCGCCGCACUUCUCCCUCAGGGUGGCGACGACCAGCGGCAGCGACGACGACUGUGGGUCGCGGACGCGGUUCACCACGUCGUGCAGCACCAACGACCUCACCAUCACCUCCAUCCACGAGGGCAGGUGAUUUAAGCAGCGGAGGCGUCUUUUGAUGGUCGGUCGAUCGAGCUUUCGUGUGAAUGAGUUGACAAUCCGUUGGCCGUUGUCGGCUGAAGACGAGACGAGUAGUGUUAUCUUGCUUGCAUCUGUUGCUUACUUUUGAGACCGUGACAGGUCACAUGACGAUCGUUUACGUUUGGAUGGUGCUCCGCUGUGCAGAUUAAUGCUAGCAGUGUGGAAUUAUUAUUAUUGAUUAGGGACAAGUCGCCGUGCUGCUUUGAUGGCGAAAGGUUGGUGAUAUGCAUGGGCGGCAGGGUUCAUUCAAAAGGACGCCUCCUGGUUUCCUGUAGAGGGCUCUUUCAGUUCAGCUGGCCUGCACUGCACUAAACCACGACAUCUCUCAUUCCCUAUUUUUAGGGCGAGUUUGGUUGAUGAUUAAAAGAGAAUAGAGUGGUUCCAUUUUAGUUUUUUUA